AUGAGUCACGAUAUUGAUUAUAUUCAAAUCCAAGUCGCGUCCCCUAAAGAGAUUGAACGGUGGUCGUUGCGUGUACUCCCGAAUAACCAACUUGUUGGGGAGAUUACAAAAGCUGACACCAUUAAUUAUCGAACAUUUAAACCUGAGCGUGAUGGUUUAUUUUGUGAACGUAUUUUUGGAUCAAUUGUAAAUAAUGAAUGUUCAUGUGGAAAAACACGACGUCGUAAACCAUUACAAAAGCCAGGAGUUAUUCCUCUUGAUGAAGGUACUACUUUUAUAGCAAAUGAUGACUCAGCAGGUUAUGUUUGCCCGACCUGUGGAGUGGAACCAACCGAUUCAAAAGUUCGUCGCUAUCGUAUGGGUUGUAUUCGUUUACGUAAACCUGUUGCGCAUUUAUGGUAUUUCCGUAAUACGCCAAAUAUUUUAUCAGUAUUGUUAAAUAUUAGUGCUGGGCAAACGGAUGAGUUACUUCACUUUGAUUCCUAUACACCAUCUUCAGCUGGUGUAAUGAACUAUUUUUUACAUGGUGGAACCGAAUGGUAUAUUGAUGAAUGGGAAGCUAUUCAUACAGGUUUAGGCCAUAUGCCUCAAAAAUCAAGUUUUGAACUUGGGAUGGGGGAAAUUAGCAAAGAUGAAUUAGAUAUUGAAGCUGUAUGGAAUAUUGAUGCUUGGACACAUGGGGAGCAUCAAAAAACAAAAUAUGGUUUACCUUUAGAACCACGAACAACAGAAAACUGUGGUGCGGAAGCUGCUCAUGCACUUCUUAGUCAAUUAGACUUACCUUUUAUGGAGCGUAUGCUUAGCACACGUUUACGUCAAAAAGUGAAGACAUAUCAUUCGAAAUCUCGUAAAAAGUAUAUUGAAACUACUUUUGAUGAGUUAGAUCGUUUUGGUAUGGAUCAAGUUUCAGAUUUAAAUCCAGGUUGGGAACCGACAGAAGAAGAACAAGAAGAAAAUAUUAAACAUUUACGUAAUUUAAAAUUAACGCGUCAAGGUCAGCGUAAUCGUGGAUUAAAUGCAAAGAUUAAAAAAUUAGCAAAACGUUUACAUUAUGUUCGUUUAUUAGCGCGUAAACAAUUACGUCCAGAAUGGAUGAUUGUUUCUGUUUUUCCGGUUUUACCACCAGAUUUACGACCAAUGAUUCAAAUGGCAAGUGGUCGUUUUGCUGCUUCUGAUUUAAAUGAUUUAUAUCGUCGGUUAAUUUACCGAAAGAUUCGUUUUGAUAAAUUUUGUAAUUUAUUUGAUGCUGAAUUUUUACCAGAUCUACUUAUCCGACAUGAUCUUUGUCUCUUGCAAGAAGCCGCUGAUGCCAUUAUUGAUAAUGGACGUCUUGAAAAACCUGCCCAACGCCCGAAUAAGACUGUUUUUAAAUCAUUAACGGCAAUUAUUGAAGGUAAACAUGGUCGCUUUAGACAAAAUUUAUUAGGAAAACGUGUUGAUUAUUCAGGACGUUCAGUUAUUGUAGUUGGACCUAAAUUACGAUUACACCAAUGUGGUUUACCACGUGAAAUGGCUUUAGAGUUAUUCCAUCCCUUUAUUAUUCAAGCAUUACUUGAGCACGGUGUUGUUCGUAAUAUUCGUGCAGCUAAGAAUUUAAUUCAGAAACGUACUCAAAAAGUUUGGGAUAUUCUUGAACAUGUUGUAUAUGCUCACCCAUUAUUAUUAAACCGUGCACCGACAUUACACCGUCUAGGGAUUCAGGCAUUUGAACCAAUUUUACUUUCUGGACGUGCAAUUCAAUUACACCCUUUAGUAUGUCCUGCUUUUAAUGCCGAUUUUGAUGGUGACCAAAUGGCUGUUCAUAUUCCAUUAUCAUUAGAAGCUAGAGCUGAAGCACGUUUAUUAAUGUUAGCUACUCAUAACUGGCUUUCUCCUGCUACGGGUGAACCAAGUAUCCUUCCAAGUCAAGAUAUGAUUCUUGGAUUUUACUAUUUAACAACCCGACGACAAAUUAAGCCAAGUUCACAAACUAAUCAAGUACGUGUACUUAAAGAAGUAAUAAAGCCAACGUUUAAAGUAUUUGAAACAUUUGAUCGUGUACUUCAACGUUAUUCAUUAGGGGCAUUACAACUUCAUGAUUUAGUUUGGGUAAAAGCUGAGGCCCCUUCUGAUUGUCAAAAUUCUUUACCGGUUGAAGGCCGAGUACAAGCAAAUGGUCAUAACACAUUAAUUUAUGAUGCUGUUGUAACUGAAUCUUGGCCGAUUUAUUCAUUGCCAAUGCAAUCAACAUUACAACUUGCAGUCCCAUCAGAAACAUCGGUGGAACCUGUUUUUGGACAUGUAUCACAAAUGCAUCGUAUGUCUUUAUCGACAUUCUAUCUUCGUACAACUCCUGGACGACUAAUUUUGAAUUCUCUCAUUUAUGAAAACCUUUUUUUGUAA